CAAAGCACACCGCAUACCAGUUCAUGGUUUAUAGUCCCUCCAAUACCACAAGGCAGCAUGGGCUAAGAGUCACAAACAGGACUAAGUGGAGUGAGGCUGGUAAGGCUUGGUUUGUGGGCUGGCUGUGUCUUCACACGUUGGGACUCCGCUUGGUUGGUUGGGGAAGUGAUAUCACUGUUAUCAGCUCUUUCAUUUUCCAUAUCCCAGGUUGAGAUAAAUAAAGUUAGAAAGUAAAAAGUAUCUAUCUCCCAUUCCUGCCUUCUAUUCUGAAUCUGAAGAAAGCAUUAUUGCCUGGCAACAGCAAAGGAUAGGAAAAAAGGAAGAGAAAGAAACGGCAGAAAUAGUCAAGAAUUGUGUUCUCUUUGGAUAUUGAGGUGAUGCCUCCAGGGGGCAGCACCAAGGCACAGAACUAGAGUAAGAUUGCUCAGUCCUCCUUUUCUUGGUCUGGGGCUCCCCACAGUUCCCCACCAUCACUCCUCCCAUUCCUUCCAACUUUAUUUUUAGCUGCCAGUGGGAGGGGGCAGGAUGGGAGGGAAAGUAAAAAAAACAGAAAAGGAGAGGGACAGAGGCACAGAGGACUUCUCACAUGGACAGAGGACUUCUCACACGGACAGAGAACAACCAGACAUGGAGCUCCCCUUCAUCCCUCCCCUGUUCUUGCCCCUGAUGUUCCUGACAGGUCUCUGCUCCCCCUUUAACCUGGACGUACAUCGCCCACGCCUAUUCCCAGGGCCACCCGAGGCUGAAUUUGGAUACAGUGUCUUACAACAUGUUGGGGGUGGACGACGAUGGAUGCUGGUGGGUGCCCCCUGGGAUGGGCCUUCAGGCGACCGAAGAGGGGAUGUUUAUCGCUGCCCUAUAGGGGGCUCCCACAAUGCCCCAUGUGCCAAGGGCCACUUGGGUGACUAUCCACUGGGAAAUUCAUCUCGUCCUGCUGUGAAUAUGCACCUGGGGAUGUCUCUACUAGAGACAAAUGGUGAUGGGGGAUUCAUGGCUUGUGCCCCUCUCUGGUCUCGUGCUUGCGGCUCCUCUGUCUUCAGUUCUGGGAUAUGUGCCCAUGUAGAUGCUUCAUUCCGGCCCCAGGGAAGCCUGGCACCCACCGCACAACGCUGCCCGACAUACAUGGAUGUUGUCAUCGUCUUGGAUGGCUCCAACAGCAUCUAUCCCUGGUCUGAAGUUCGGACUUUCCUACGAAGACUGGUAGGGAGACUGUUUAUUGACCCAGAGCAAAUACAGGUGGGUCUGGUACAGUAUGGGGAGAGUCCUGUACAUGAGUGGUCCCUGGGAGAUUACCGAACCAAGGAAGAAGUGAUGAGAGCAGCAAGGAACCUGAGUCGGCGGGAGGGACGAGAAACAAAGACUGCCCAAGCAAUAAUGGUGGCCUGCACAGAAGGAUUCAGUCAGUCCCGUGGGGGCCGACCAGAGGCUGCCAGGCUACUGGUGGUUGUCACUGAUGGAGAAUCACACGAUGGAGAGGAGCUUCCCACAGCACUAAAGGCCUGUGAUGCUGGAAGAGUGACACGCUAUGGGAUUGCGGUCCUUGGUCACUACCUCCGGCGGCAGCGAGACCCCAGCUCUUUCCUGCGGGAAAUCAGAGCUAUUGCCAGUGAUCCAGACGAGAGAUUCUUCUUCAAUGUCACAGAUGAAGCUGCAUUGACUGACAUUGUGGAUGCACUAGGAGACCGGAUUUUUGGCCUUGAGGGGUCCCAUGGAGAAAACGAAAGCUCCUUUGGGCUGGAAAUGUCUCAGAUUGGUUUCUCCACUCAUCGACUAAAGGAUGGGAUUCUCUUUGGGAUGGUGGGGGCCUAUGACUGGGGGGGCUCAGUGUUAUGGCUUGAAGAAGGUCACCGCCUUUUUCCCCCACGGACGGCCCUGGAAGAUGAGUUCCCCCCUGCAUUGCAGAACCAUGCAGCCUACCUGGGUUACUCUGUUUCCUCCAUGCUUUUGCGAGGUGGACGCCGCCUCUUUCUCUCAGGGGCUCCUCGGUUUAGACAUCGAGGAAAGGUCAUCGCCUUCCAGCUUAAGAAAGAUGGGGCUGUGAGGGUCGCCCAGAGCCUCCAGGGGGAGCAGAUUGGCUCAUACUUUGGCAGUGAGCUCUGCCCAUUGGAUAUGGAUGGGGAUGGAACAACAGAUGUCUUACUUGUGGCUGCCCCCAUGUUCCUGGGACCCCAGAACAAGGAGACAGGACGUGUUUAUGUGUAUCUCGUGGGCCAGCAGUCAUUGCUGACAUUCCAGGGAACACUUCAGCCAGAACCCCCCCAAGAUGCUCGAUUUGGCUUUGCCAUGGGUGCCCUUCCUGAUCUGAACCAAGAUGGUUUUGCUGAUGUGGCUGUGGGGGCACCCCUGGAGGAUGGGCACCAUGGAGCACUGUACUUAUAUCAUGGAACCCAGAGUGGAGUCCGGCCCCAUCCUGCCCAGCGGAUUGCUGCUAUCUCCAUGCCACUGGCCCUCAGCUACUUUGGCCGAAGUGUGGAUGGCCGGCUAGAUCUGGAUGGAGAUGACCUGGUAGAUGUGGCUGUGGGUGCCCAAGGGGCAGCCAUCCUGCUCAGCUCCCGGCCCAUUGUCCACCUGGCCUCUUCACUGGAUGUGACUCCACCAGCCAUCAGUGUGGUUCAGAGGGACUGCAGGCGUCGAAGCCAGGAGGCAGCCUGCCUAUCUGCAGCCCUGUGCUUUCAAGUGACCUCCCGCACUCCUGGCCGCUGGGAUCGCCGAUUUUACAUGCGGUUCACAGCAUCACUGGAUGAAUGGACAGCUGGGGCACGUGCAGCAUUUGAUGGCUCUGGCCAGAGGCUGUCUUCUCGGAGGCUCCGGCUCAGUGUGGGGAAUAUCACUUGUGAGCAGCUGCACUUCCAUGUGCUGGAUACAUCAGAUUACCUCCGGCCAGUGGCUUUGACUGUGACCUUUACUUUGGACAACACCACAAAGCCAGGGCCUGUGCUGGAUGAGGCCUCACUCACCUCCAUACGAAAGUUGGUGCCUUUCUCGAAGGAUUGUGGCCCUGAUAAUGAAUGUAUAACAGACCUGGUGCUUCGAGUUAAUAUGGACAUCAGAGGCUCCAGGAAGGACCCGUUUGUGGUUCGAGAUGGUCGGCGGAAAGUGCUGGUGUCAGCAGCUCUGGAGAAUAGGAAGGAAAAUGCCUACAACACUAGCCUGAGUCUCAGCUUCUCUAGAAACCUCCACCUGGCCAGUUUCACUCCUCAGAGGGACAGCCCAGUGAAGGUGGAAUGCACAGCUCCUUCCCCUCAUGCCCGGCUCUGCAGUGUGGGGCAUCCUGUCUUUCAGACUGGAGCCAAGGUGACUUUUCAGCUAGAGUUUGAGUUUAGCUGCUCCUCCCUCCUAAACCAGGUCCUUGUGAGGCUGACUGCUACUAGCAAUAGCCUGGAGAGAAAUGGGACACUUCAAGAUAACACAGCCCAGACUUCAGCCUACAUCCAAUAUGAGCCUCACCUCCUAUUCUCUAGUGAGUCUACUCUACACCGCUAUGAGGUUCACCCAUAUGGGACCCUGUCAGUGGGUCCUGGCCCUGAAUUCAAAACUACUCUUAGGGUUCAGAACCUGGGCUGCUAUGUGAUCAGUGGCCUCAUCAUCUCAGCCCUCCUACCAGCUGUGGCCCAUGGGGGCAAUUACUUCCUUUCACUGUCUCAAGUCAUCAGUAACAAUGCAAGUUGCACAGUGCAGAACCUGACUGAGCCCCCAGGGUCCCCUUUGCAUCCAAAGGAGCUUCAGCACACAAGCCGACUGAAUGGGAGCAACACUCAGUGUCAGGUUGUGAGGUGCCACCUUGGGCGGCUGGCAAAGGGCACUGAGGUCUCUGUUGGACUACUGAGGCUGGUUCACAAUGAAUUUUUCCGGAGGGCCAAGUUCAAGUCUUUGACAGUGGUCAGCACCUUUGAGCUGGGAACUGAGGAGGGCAGUGUCCUACAGCUGACUGAGGCCUCCCGUUGGAGUGAGAGCCUCCUGGAGGUGAUCCAGACCCGCCCUGUCCUCAUAUCCCUGUGGAUCCUCAUUGGCAGUGUCUUGGGAGGGCUGCUCCUGCUUGCUCUCCUUGUCUUCUGCCUUUGGAAGCUUGGCUUUUUUGCCCGUAAGAAAAUCCCCGAGGAAGAAAAAAGAGAAGAGAAAUUGGAGCAAUGAAUGUAGAAUAAAGCCCUAGAAAGUCCUCCUUGGCAGCUUCUCCAAAAGACUUGCAUAAGAGCAGAGGUUUAGGGGCUCAGAUGGGACAAGAAGAAGCCUCUGGACUGUCUCCCCAGACCUGCAGCCUGACUUGACUUUUGAGUCAUGAGGAUGCUGCUGGCAAGAGAUGAGGCCUUCCCUCAUACAAGAUGGCCUGGCACCAAAGCCAGGAACACUCCCACCCUGUGUUUCCCUCAUAAUCCUGGUUCCACAGUCAACAUUGGGGCCUGGUUUGGGGCCCUUUUUUCCCUGUCCCCAGGAAUCAAGAAUUUUUUGCCUAGGUCCCUGACUUCUUUCAGAUUCCCUCUACAUCCUCCCUCACAAUUUGGAAAGGAUGAGGGUUAUCAUCCUCCAUUCCCUGCCUCUCACCUUCCUGCCUGUGCCCUACUCCACAGGAGAGAGCUGACGUUGGCUUGAAAGAAGUAAAGUCAACAUCUGCUGCUUUCCUGUGGAGUCUGGUGAUUCAGAGAGCCAGAUGGGGAGAGUCAACAGGAAAAAAGGAGGGAGGAGGAAAAGCCACAAGAGACAUUCUGUACAAUUCCAAGGAACAGAGAAGCCUUUAGACAGGCAACUGCCGUCCUCCUGAAACCCGAGACUUCAUGGUGUACUUGCCCGCCCUCAGGUGCUGGUGAAACAGAGCUGCCCCAGGCCUGCUGGGCAUGGGUUUCCCAACUCGCAGCCUUCCCUGGGAGCAAAGCCAGGGCCAGGUGCCUGAUUCUCUGGAACCAGGGGCCCCCGGCUGGCUAGAGCCGGAAUAGCAGAGAAGACUGGAUAAUCCUGGCAGUGUUUCUCCUCUCUCAGGCCUCAUGCACUCUUGAGCCCUCAUUGGGGCCUCCUUAUAGAAAGUAGAGAGAAGGCAGAGGAUUGCUGCUUGAUGGUGGGAAACUCUUUCACCUUAUCAGCUUUGGGAAGCAGCAGCCCCAUGGGGUCUGAAUGAGUGGGGUCUGCCUUAAGGAAGAAGCUGAAGUGGGUGGCAGGGGGUCUUGGGAGCAAGCCCUGACUUGCUCAGCACUGGUUGCGUAGUACAAAUAGCUCCUAGGAAAAUGUUUCUGGGGGCAACUCCAUUCAUACCUUGUAGGACUUCUCUGGGGGAAUCAGUUUGCCAGCCCUUGCCUGAUGUUUACUGGAAAUUCCCAAGUUAAUUUCUAUCUCUGGAUCACCCUCCCCCUCCGCCACCACCCACCUCUUAUGGUCAUGGCCAGUAAAGAGAAUUGGAUUCUCAUUGACAACUGGGUAACUUGUAUUUCUUUGCAAUCAAUACUUUGGGUACCAAAGUCAAUUAUUGGUCUCCAGAGUGCAGCUCUCACAGCCGUUUGAAGAAUCAGCACCCAUUUAGAGCUGAGAAGAGAAGAGACCUGAUCGGGCAGUUGACUAGCAGCCACAGAACCUGUCCUCCAGGGCUGUUCUUGAGGCCUGGCCACAAUGUUUAUUUUGGCAUGUCUCUGGCCUUUUGCAGAGGGCAUUGUCUCUGUUUCCCCGGUAGGGUGGACAGUAUAUCAGAUGGUCAGAACAAAUGAAGUUCAGUGUCA